AUGACCUCCUGUUCUGUUCUCACAAUCCUUCACCAACUCAUCAUUCCUGGCUUGGCUUCAUUGUUCGAUCGAUCAAGUAUCAACAUUCAACAAUCGGCCAGUCGGGUGAAGCAAGUUAAACUAAGUGGUUUUUUUACCAAAACACAAAGACCUAAUCCUAAUGAAAGUGGUGAAGAAUGUGGUGAAGAAUGUUCUCAAAUACCAAUCACCAAGCAAUCAAUCCCUUCCGUUCCUAAUUCUAAUGCAACUCCACAAACACCAAUCACCAAUCAAUCAAUCCCUUUCAUUUCUAAUGCAACUCCACAAACACCAUGCUCUAACCAACCUAAUGAUAAUGUUGACUUGAAAGAUCUUCCAAAGGACCCGUCAGAUAGGCCAAAGAUUACAAGUUACAAAUCAAAUAUAAGAGAUGAAGUAAGAAGAGUGUAUUUUCUUCAAGGACCUUGUCAAGUAAGGGCACAUAAGUUUCCCAUAAAAAAUAGUGUGAAAAAGAAUAGUGCAUAUUGUUUAUAUUGUUAUGUGUAUGGAGACCUCAUGGGACAAAAAGGAGGGAGAUAUGAAUUUGUUUCCCAAGGUUUUGAUACUUGGAAUAAAAAAAAAGAUGCAUUUCUGACUCAUAUGGGUGGUGUUGAUAGUUUUCACAACAAAGAAAAAGAAAAGUUUGAGUUUUUGAUGAGGGAAAAACAAGCUAGUAAUGUAGUCUUAAAGAGGCAAACCGAAGCGGAGGAACAUAAAUAUAAAGCUCGAUUACGUGUUUCUAUUAUUGUUGUUAAACUUUUAUUGAAAACCGGUUUACCGUUUCGUGGUCAUGACGAGUCGGUUAACUCGGAAAAUAGAGGGCUUUACAUCGAAGUGUUAAAAGCCAUUCGAGAGACUAGUGAAGAUAUUUUCAACAAUAAGUUAGAAAAUGCUCCUAAAAACAAUCAAUUAAUUUCCCCUAAUAUUCAAAAAGAACUUGUGCAAUGUUUUGCACAACAAGUACUUUUGAGUAUUCGUGAAGAGAUUGGUCAAGAUAUCUUUGGUUGA